GGCUCUCCGGUCGGCACCAUGGCGGUCGGCAAGAACAAGCGCCUGACGAAAGGUGGCAAGAAAGGAGCUAAGAAGAAAGUGGUCGAUUCAUUUUCUAAGAAAGACUGGUACGAUGUGAAAGCUCCAGCCGUGUUCAAUAUUAGGAACAUCGGGAAGACACUAGUCACGAGGACUCAAGGAACCAAAAUUGCCUCUGAUGGCCUCAAGGGUCAUGUGUUUGAAGUGAGCCUUGCAGAUCUACAGAAUGAUGAAGUUGCGUUUAGAAAAUUCAAGCUAAUCACUGAGGACGUUCAGGGCAAAAACUGUCUGACUAACUUCCAUGGUAUGGAUCUUACCCGGGACAAAAUGUGCUCCAUGGUCAAGAAGUGGCAGACCAUGAUUGAGAAGCUAAAAGAUUAUGCUUUCAUUCAUUUUGAUGAGAGAGAUGGUGCUGUCAAGGCUAUGGAAGAAAUGAAUGGUAAAGACUUGGAGGGAGAAAAUAUUGAAAUUGUUUUUGCUAAGCCACCAGAUCAGAAGAGGAAAGAAAGAAAAGCUCAGAGGCAAGCAGCAAAGAAUCAAAUGUACGAUGAUUACUACUAUUAUGGUCCACCUCAUAUGCCUCCCCCAACAAGAGGUCGAGGGCGUGGAGGUAGAGGUGGCUAUGGAUAUCCUCCAGAUUAUUAUGGAUACGAAGNUUAUUAUGAUUAUUAUGGUUAUGAUUACCAUAACUAUCGUGGUGGAUAUGAAGAUCCAUACUAUGGUUAUGAAGAUUUUCAAGUUGGAGCNNGAGGAAGGGGUGGUAGAGGAGCAAGGGGUGCUGCUCCAUCCAGAGGUUGUGGGGCUGCUCCUCCCCGUGGUAGAGCCGGUUAUUCACAGAGAGGAGGCCCUGGAUCAGCAAGAGGCGUUCGUGGUGCGAGAGGAGGUGCCCAACAACAAAGAGGCCACGGGCAGGGAAAAGGGGUCGAGGCCGGUCCUGACCUGUUACAAUGAAGACUGACUUGCUAUGUGGGAUUACACCAGAAGCUUGCAGUGGAGUAAUGGUAAGGAAAAUCAAGAAACCUUAAAUAUCUUGGAUGUAUAGGAGCAUAUUCUAUUGCAGAAGACCCUCCUAUGAAGAUCAUGGAAUCAAAUACGGGACAUUGAACUAAUACUUGGACUUUGNUAUGAAUUUCUUUAACAAUUUUCUCUGCAGUGCAAGUUAUUAAACUAAAGCUACUCUAUUUUCCAAAUGUGUUCCAAAAAAUCCUUCAUAACUUCUAGCAUGGUAUCUUAAUAAAGAAUAAAGUUGUUCUCUUUAAAAAAUCUGCUCUAAGUNGAUUUUUCCCCUCUUUUUUAAUUAAGGAUCUCAGCAGUGGUAUUCUGAAAUAUUCUCUUGAAUUUGUGCAUUUAAAUUUUAUUGCAGUGAUACAGAUGCCACUGUUGGNACCCUUAAAUUUUUAUUUCUGCUCACCAAGGUUAAUCAUGAUUGUCUAUAUCUUUUUUAUAGUAAUCACUUUUGAAUUGUGUUCAGAUGCAGUUUCAGGUGUAAUCAUCAGAGCUGGUUAGUCAGGCAUUCCAGAUAGUGGUUCUUUUCAGAACCUUUUUUAAAGGGUUGGU